AUGAAAGCGUAUGAAGAAAUCACACACCAGGAGGCAGAAUCUGCAGACGAUUUCAAAGCACUCAGAAUUGUUGCUGAAGCUGAAAAACUUAUGCUGUCAGUGAAUGAGUGGUCCCUUUCUGAUGCUGAGAAACAUCUUAGAGAUUUACUCAGAAUGAGAAGACAAAUUAAAGAAUGCACAACAUCAUUCACAAAAUGGAUUGAUAUUUUCCUUUCAAAUGAGGCACUUCAGAAAUUCCUGACCAAUGUUACUACAGCUUAUGCCGAUGACAACAUAAGAUUCUUGAUGUACUUGGUGAUGGAGACACAUUGUCAUGAAGUUAAAGAAUUCCCAAACAGAGAACAGAUUUUAGAAUGGGUUAAAGGAUUUUCAGAGGUGGCUAAAGAUGCAUGUUUCAUGUUUACUCCCAUCCAGCAGUUUUCUGAUGUACUAAAAGUUCUAGAAACAGCAAGUGAAGAUUUUCUGCAAAGUUCUGAUGAAGACUUAAAAGUAACUAUCACAUGCAAAGUUACCCAUGCAAUUAAUUCAUGGCUUGAAACUAUGAAAGAAAAUGGUCUUGAUGACUUAGUUUUGCUUGUGCUGUCAGUCACAAAGCAUGCAGGACACAGAGAGGACACUUUUCAUCCCCUUCUUGAUAUUCAGGAAAUUUAUUUCCUAACAGAAGGGCUCUCAGAUGUACACAGGAAAUAUUGGGAAUUUCACAAGGAAAGUGUUUUGAAGGGACAGGCCUAUAGUCUGUUGACAUUGUUGACAGCGAGCCACAGAGGUCGUGAAAUAUGUGUGGAUAAAAACAAAUCACUUGAUGCCUUCAAGCAGACCAUGAAAAGAGACAUUAAUACCGAUCUGAAACAAAUAAUUGCUGACUUCUCAAAACAUGAAAACUGGAAACUGUUGGAGGAGCAACUGAGGUCAAUGAUUUAUGGGACUUCAGAACUAGAAGGUAAUUCCACAUUGACUGGGAUUUCAGAAAAUAUAGAAGCCACAGACAGUUCAAAAACACAGGAUGCUGUUAAUGCAGACCCAGUAGAUCCAUAUCCUAAACUAAAUAUUGGGCUUCCAAGUCAAUAUAAAGAGCUGUUUGACAGAUUAGAUUUGCUUAAAUAUUACCCAGCAAAACUAUCAAAUUCAAAUCUUUAUAAUAUAAACAGGUUGUCAACAUGCAUUACUCAAACUGUCACAGAGAAAGAACUAUGGCCUUUCUUUAUUUACAGACUGUUAACACGAGAUGUCAAUGUUAGGUUCCUGUGUAUUGAACCUACAUUACAAAUUUCCUCUAAGUCUUUAUCAUUCAGCUUGGAGAAUUUUUGCAACUUUAAGGCCACAGAUGUUGAUUAUGUUGUUAACGAGGCUCACAUCCACCCCAUGGACAUCUAUAUGGCAGUUUAUCAUUGCUCCAAUGAUUUUGUAAGGCAAUUUAUUUUUACUCAGCUAUCCAAAUGUCAUUUUGCAGUACCUCUGCUAGUGCCCAGUCUAUCCAAUCAACAAAUAGAAUUACCUGUGUGGCCACUCCAAAUAAGUGCCAUUACAUUGCAAGCCACAGAACAAUCUCCAGUGACAGGGUCUGUAUUGGACACAUCUCUUCCAGUUGUGACAUUCAUGAGACUAGGAACAUCUGUAACUUCAAAAUCAAAAAUUAUGAAUGACAUGAUGUACAAGAAUGGUCACCCCACUUUCUUCAGUCGCCACUGUAGAGGAAGUACAACGACUCGUGUUUUGUUGGAAGGGGUAGCUGAAAUUUCAUGGUACCUCCCAGAGGGGAAGAAAAGUGACAUUUCUGAAAGCUGUAUGGCCUUUAUCAACCUCCACGGUGAUGCUUGCAAACAUCCACAGCAGGUCCAGUUCCUUACGGGAAUAAGUUCUGUCAUUGUACUUUUGUUACCUGAAAAUCUCAGUGAUUCAGCAAUAAAAGAGAGAAUCAAUUAUUUUCUGAAUUGCGGCACACCUUUUAUUGCAUUGUUCUCUGGGAUUGAGACAACAGACAAACGUGACCCUAACAGAAUUGCUGCUAAAAACCGAAAUGAGGCUGAAUUAAUCCAGGAAACACUUUUCAAAAUUAAUCAGGUUCUCUCAAAAGGAAAUCUAAAUAAAAUCCUGAAAGAUAAUUUUGAACAAGGAAGAAAACAAGGAUUCAUAGUUGAAACAGAGGCUGAACUGAAAGGAAGAGAAAAGGCUAAGGUGCUUAUAGACAUAUUAUAUGGUGAGAAAAUGACAAAAGGAAAAGUAACGGACAAUAAAUCUUUAGGCUUAAAAGAUGUACAUUUGCCUUUGCAAGACACGUUGUGGAUGCAGUGGUGCAUUAAAGACAAAGAGUUUCAUCGUAUACAGUGCAAAAAAAACAUGAGCAUUGAGCAGCAGCGUGCAGAAAUAGCUGAAGAAAAAAUGAAGAUUCGAGCUGACCAACAGAAAAAAUCAUCAGAAAACAUUUUCAUGAAAGAAUUCCUUCAAUAUGCUGUCAGUGUGGAGGAAAAUGAAAGAUUAUACUUUUUAAAUUGGUUCAAGAAAUGUCUUGAUGAAGCUCUCAGAGAUAAUAUUGUUGAUCUAACACAACUUUAUAAUAGAACAUGGCUAAAAUACAGAGGGGCUUCAGAUGGAGAGAGAAGAAAAUACCAGACAUAUCUUUGUGAAUUAUCUAAAAGAAUAAAGCAUGCCACGGUUGGGCUUCAACAUAUCUUUCGUGAAAUAAGUCAACUAUAUGAAUCCCACAUGUCUGUCGAAGACAGUAAGACCAUUCAUGGAAUUGCACUUGAUAAGCUCCCUGAAAUGGGAGUUGAUUUGAUGCUCUCUGGACACCCUUUAGAACUAAUGGAUGGAGAUGUAAAUUAUGUUGCAAUUGAUUGGGUCAGUGCUGUUCUGGACAAUCUUAUUCACAAACUUGGAGAUAAAAGAGUGUUAGUACUUUCUGUUGUAGGACUUCAGAGUUCUGGAAAGUCUACCCUUCUCAACACAAUGUUUGGGCUUGAUUUUGCUGUAAGUUCAGGACCAUGCACAAGAGGAGCAUUCAUGCAUCUGCUCCCAGUCGAGGAACAAAUAAGGGAUAAGUUGUUGUUUGAUUAUGUACUUGUACUGGACACAGAAGGACUAAGAUCAACAGUAACUGAUCCUGAUGUCGUGGUUAAGAAUGACAAUGAAUUGGCCACCCUCAUAAUUGGAAUAAGUGACAUUACACUGGUAAAUGUAAUGGGAGAAAAUCUUUGUGAAGUUCAAAACAUUCUCCAGGUGUGUUUUCAGGCAUUUUUGAAAAUGAAGAAUGUAAAUAUCAAGCCUAGUUGUAUGUUUGUUCACCAAAAUGUUUCAGACAUUUCAGCCAAAGACAAAAACCAAGGAGGAAGAAUUCAGCUUAUAGAGAAACUUGAUGAGAUUUCCAGAGCUGCUGCAGAAGAAGAGAAUCAAGUGGUUGUAGGAUUCAGUGACAUCAUAAAGUUUGAUGUGAACACUGAUGUGUUUUACUUCAAGAAUCUUUUGGAAGGUGACCCUCCAAUGGCUCCACCAAACCCAUCAUACAGUCAGAAUGUGCAGGAGCUUAAGAAGAGAGUACUCUCAAUUUCAACCUGGCAGCAAAACUGUGUACAGUGA